GAAAGCCGCGAGAAGCAGAGAAGCCGCCUUUGCCUAACUCCCUCGUUUGCUUGCUCGUUUGCUCUCUUGAGUCACCUCAAGGCACAGUUGUCGUGGGUCCUGAGGGCUCCUAAGAACCGCGUCAGGGGUGAAGUCUCCCCGACCAUGACCUCCACCGGCCAGGAUUCCACCACAACUAAGCAGCGAAGGAGUAUACACAACCCCCAGACGCCCCCCCAGGAUUCCAGCAUCAUCUCGAAGCCAGGUGUUAAGAAGGGUACUGGACUCCGCUCCAGCCCCAGACUAGCAGAGGUGAAGAAGAAAGGCAGAAUGAAGAAGCUCAGCCAAGCAGCAGAGCAAGAACUAAUCCAGGGGAUGCAAGUGCUGGAUCUGACCACUGAGACCAAGACACUCUCUGGUACUGGCCUGGUGUUUGAUGAGCAGCUAAAUGACUUCCACUGCCUUUGGGAUGACAGCUUCCCUGAAGGCCCCGAGCGGCUCCUUGCCAUCAAGGAACAGCUGAUCCAGGAGGGCCUCCUGGACCGCUGUGUGUCCUUUCAGGCCCGGUUUGCUGAAAAGGAGGAGCUGAUGUUGGUUCACAGCCUAGAAUAUAUAGAUCUGAUGGAGACGACCCAAUACAUGAAUGAGGGAGAACUCCGCGUCCUAGCAGACACCUAUGACUCAGUUUAUCUGCAUCCGAACUCAUACACCUGUGCCUGCCUGGCCUCAGGCUCUGUCCUCAGGCUGGUGGAUGCGAUCCUGGGGGCUGAAAUCCGGAAUGGCAUGGCUAUUGUCAGGCCUCCGGGACACCACGCCCAGCACAGUCUUAUGGAUGGAUAUUGCAUGUUCAACCAUGUGGCCGUGGCUGCUCGCUAUGCUCAACAGAAGCAUGGCAUUCAGAGGGUCCUUAUCGUGGAUUGGGAUGUGCACCAUGGUCAAGGAACACAGUUUACCUUUGACCAGGACCCCAGUGUGCUCUAUUUUUCCAUCCACCGCUAUGAGCAGGGUCGCUUCUGGCCCCACCUGAAGGCCUCUAACUGGUCCACCACAGGUUUUGGCCAAGGCCAGGGAUAUACCAUCAAUGUGCCUUGGAACCAGGUUGGGAUGCGAGAUGCCGACUACAUUGCUGCUUUCCUGCAAAUCCUGCUGCCGGUCGCCCUUGAGUUCCAGCCCCAGCUGGUCCUGGUGGCCGCUGGAUUUGAUGCCCUCCAAGGGGACCCCAAGGGUGAAAUGGCUGCCACUCCAGCAGGGUUUGCCCAGCUCACCCAUAUGCUCAUGGGUCUGGCAGGAGGCAGGCUGAUCCUGUCUCUGGAGGGUGGCUACAACCUUCGCUCCCUGGCUGAGGGAGUCAGCGCCUCACUCCACACCCUUCUGGGUGACCCUUGCCCCAUGCUGGAGUCCCCUGGGGCCCCCUGCCGGAGUGCCCAGUCAUCACUGUCCUGCACUCUGGAAGCCCUGGCGCCCUUCUGGGAGAUCCUUGUGAGAUCAGGUGACUCCCUGGACGAGGACAACGAGGAUGGGGACAAUGAGGAGGAGGAAGAGGAGGGACCAUGGCCACCCCCUGCGCUCCCAAUACCAAUGUGGCCAAUAUUUCAGUCUCGCACAGGGCUGGUCUAUGACCAGCGGAUGAUGGAUCACUACAACAUGUGGGACAACCAACACCCCGAGGUACCCCAGCGUGUCUCACGGAUCAUGUCCCGUCUGGAGGAGCUGGGCCUUGCUGGGCGCUGUCUCACGCUGCCUGCACGUCCUGCCACAGACGCUGAGCUGCUCACCUGCCAUAGUGCUGAGUACGUGGCUCGUCUACGGGCCACAGAAAAAAUGAGAACCCGGGAGCUAUACCGUGAGAGCGCCAGCUUUGACUCCAUCUACAUCUGCCCCAGCACCUUCGCCAGUGCCCAGCUGGCCACUGGUGCCACAUGCUGCCUUGUGGAGGCUGUGCUGGCGGGAGAGGUUUUGAAUGGUGUUGCCCUGGUGCGUCCUCCGGGACACCACGCAGAGCAGGAUGCUGCUUGCGGUUUCUGCUUUUUCAACUCUGUGGCUGUGGCUGCUCGCCAUGCCCAGGCCAUCAGUGGGCAUCCACUGCGGAUCCUGAUUGUAGACUGGGAUGUGCAUCAUGGCAAUGGAACUCAGCACAUAUUUGAGGACGACCCCAGUGUGCUCUACAUUUCCCUGCACCGCUAUGAUUAUGGCACCUUCUUUCCCAUGGGGGAUGAGGGCGCCCCCAGCCAGGUGGGCCGGGCCGCAGGCACAGGCUUCACCGUCAACGUGGCCUGGAAUGGGCCUCGCAUGGGGGACUCUGAGUACCUGGCUGCCUGGCAUCGUCUGGUGCUGCCCAUUGCCUAUGAGUUUAACCCAGAACUGGUGCUGGUCUCAGCUGGCUUUGAUGCGGCAUGGGGCGACCCGCUGGGGGGCUGCCAUCUGUCACCUGAGGGCUAUGCCCACCUCACUCACCUGCUGAUGGGCCUUGCCAGUGGCCGAAUUAUCCUAAUCCUAGAGGGUGGCUAUAACCUGGCAUCCAUCUCCGAGUCCAUGGCUGCCUGUACCCGCACCCUCCUUGGGGACCCGCCACCCCUGCUGACCCUGUCUCGGCCCCCACUGUUAGGGGCCCUGGAAUCAAUCACUGAUACCAUCCAAGCCCAUCGCAGAUACUGGCGUAGCUUGCGGACCACGAAGAUCGAAGACAAGGAAGAAUCCUUCAGUUCUAAGUCGAUCACCAAGGAGGCACCCCAACCAGCCAAUCCUGGAUCGGCUAAGAAGCUGACCAUGCUAGAAGAGAGCAUUCUGGAUGAAAGCCUGGGGAAGGCCACAUCAGCAGCAUCUGUGCAAGAGUCCACUCCAGCUGUUGUGGAGCUCACUCAGGACCAGCCCUCAGAGGCAGCCACGGGGGAAGCUAUGCUGGACCAUACCACCUCGGAGGCAGCCACACUGAACCAGACUACCUCAGAGGCAGCCACAGGGGGAGCCACCCUGGACCAGACCACCACAGAGGAGGCUGUGGGAGGAGCCAAGCUGAUCCAAACCCCUCAAGCCUCAAGCACUGACAACCAGACUCCUCCUACCUCACCUGUGCAAGGAGCCACAUCCCAGAUAUCCCUCAGUACGCUGAUUGGGAAUCUCAGGACCUUGGAACUAGACGACAAGGCUCAGGAGGCCCCAGAGUCUGAGAUCCCAGAAGAGGAGAGGCUACCAGAGGCGGCUGGGGGUCAAGACGUGGAUGAUUCGGUGCCAAUGCAGGCCUUUGGGGACAUUGACCAGGCCAUGUUUUAUGCCGUGACACCACUGCUGUGGUGUCCCCAUUUGGUGGCAGUACACCCCAUUCCUGAAGCAGGCUUGGAUGUGACCCAACCUUGUCAGGACUGUGGAGCACUUCAGGAGAAUUGGGUGUGUCUGUCUUGCUAUGAGGUCUACUGCAGCCGUUACAUCAAUGCCCAUAUGAUGCAGCACCAUGAAAGCUCAGGCCACCCACUGGUCCUCAGCUACACUGACCUGUCUACCUGGUGUUACCCAUGUCAGGCCUAUGUUCACCACCAGACUCUCCUAGAUGUGAAGAACGUCGCCCACCAGAACAAGUUUGGGGAAGACAUGCCCCACUCACACUAACUCCCAGAACGUGCUCCUCUGCUUCACCUUCUGAGGCCCAAGAUAGACCAGCAUUAGUUCAUUCCAACCUGUACCUUGGACGAGGGGCAGCUUCAUCCAUCCUUUCUGAAAACCCUUUACAAUCCCCCAAGGGUGCUGAUUUAAGUUUAAAUACCUGUAAGAGGACUAUGAUGAUUAAUUGUAGCUCUCCCCCUGCCCACUGCCUGCUCUAGGGACUCCCAUCUGUUCUGCCCCAGAAAGAAAGGGAUAGCUUAGUUGCCUCAAGAAGGGGCUGAUAUCAAGAAGAUGAUCCUUUGGAGGGAGUGGGGAGCAACUGGCAGGUAUAGUGUGGUUGCAUAUGUAAUAAAGUACAAGCUGUUACAAAA